GAGUACGAGAAUACGCAUCUACGCAGCAUAGAUAUGUCACCAUUUAUUUAUUUAUGUAUUUAUACAGCACUACGCCUGCUAAAUGUGCCGUUUGUUUUGUUUACUGUGGCAACUAUCACAAGAGUUGCUUGUCUCUUGACUACCGCAAAAUUAAUUGCCGUGUUCUUUAAUUCAUGAGCAUGGAUCCCGAGGCGAAAAUGCCAACGCCGAGGGUAGUAUCGCGUCGCGCAGCCCUCACCGUCCUGGGAGCGUCCCUGGCCCUCUUCUGUACCGUCGGCUUCUUGAAUGCCUUUGGCGUCUUCCAGGAACACUACCACUCGGGCCUGCUGCAAGACAAGUCUGAGUCGGACAUUUCGUGGAUCGGAUCCGUGUCCCUCUUUUUCCUCUCCGGCCUGGCUCCCGCCUCUGGAGUCCUGGUCGACCGAAUCGGGCCAAGGUCGCCACUUGUGAUUGGCAGUCUCGGUCUGCUCGUCGCCAUCUUCACAACUUCCCUCUGCACUCAGUACUACCAGUUCUUUCUCGCGCAGGCCGUGCUCCUCGGCGCCAGCACGUCUCUCCUCACCUGGCCGCCCAUGGCCGUCGUGUCACGUUCUCUCCCCAGCCACAGGGGCCUGGCACUAGGCGUUGUUGUCGGCGGAUCCUCCAUCGGCGGCAUAAUUUGGCCCAUUAUGCUAGCGCGCCUUUUUGACCACAGCAGUCUCAGCUUCGGCUGGAUCAUGCGGAUCGUCGGCUUCAUCAUGCUGCCACUGUUGGCCAUUGCCUGCGUUACUAUUCGAGAACCACCAGCGUCUCUUCCAGGCCCGUUACCGCCCAAAUCUCAGCCCCCGUCCAGAACCACAGCAUCAGCGACACCACCCAGCGACAGCAACGAUACGGCAAGCAGCAGCAGCAGCCAAGAAGAUGCCGCCGAAAACAGCUCACUGCCCGCCACCACCGAAAAGAAAAAAGUAAAGCGCUCCGAAAUCGUCACCCUCCUAAAAAGACCGGUCUUCAUCUUCUUGGCCCUCGGCCUGGGCAUCGGCAACAUAGGCCUGUUCAUCCCCCUCUUCUUCAUUUCGUCGUACGCCACCAGCUUGGGCAUGUCGUCACAGGUCGCCUUCUACCUCAUCCCGGCCAUCAACGCUGCGUCGCUCUUCGGCCGCCUACUCCCAGGCUACCUCGCCGAUAGCCACGGCCACUACAACAUCUGUAUCGCGGCUUUGUUUGCAUCCGCCAUCACCGCCUUCUCCUGGACGGCUGCGAAGAGCUUGGCAGGUCUGAUUGUUGUUUCGCUGGCGUAUGGGUUCAGUUCGGGGGCAAUCCUCGCGUUACAGGGUGCCUGCGUGUUCAAGAUUGCAGACCACCACAUGCAGGGCACGGCCUUGGGGCUGCUGAUGGGUUGUUUAGCAACUGCAUCACUUAUCGGCUCGCCUAUCGCAGGCGCCCUCAUUAGUCGAUAUAGCUACCUCGCCGCCUCCAUGUUUACGGGUGCUUCACUGAUCACUGGCUGCCUUUUAUUAAUUGUGGCAAGACUUUGGCUCAACAAAAAUUUUCUUGCCUCUGUGUGAGGGGAAAUUGGUGGCAGUACAGAGACGAGAUUUUCUUUUUCUUCCGAUAUCUGGCUAUAUACCUAAGCUUUGUAUAUUGUACGACCAAAACCUUCUCACAUAUAGUAGAACUAGAUGGGCCAACCCGAACCCGAUAUAAACAGACAUGAACUGCCCUAUAAUGGGCUAGCUGGUAUGAACAAGCGGAGUGCCCCGUCAUACGAGCCCCCUGCAAGCCUCGCUGCCAGAAAUGCCCGCCUCAAUCCUAGCCUUUUGUCUCGUGGAAAUCAAAGCACGUUCCAGCCCUUUCGCUCGCAGACUCACUCGGACCACAGCACGUGGGCGCGGGUGCAGCAUUUCAAACCACACAUUUCCGGGCCUUGUCCCAAACAAGAGUGGCACGUUCC